AUGAAUUUAAUUUUUCUAUUAACUAAAAGACAAAAAUCUCAAUCAAUUACAAUGAAUAUAACAAACGAUCAAUUUAAUUUUCCUCAAAGUUUUCAUGAUCUAUUAAUAUCAAUUGAUGUUAUUGAUGCUUUAAUCGAUAAAACAAAGCAUAGAUCAUUUCCAGAAAUGUUCAUAAGACAAUCAAUUAUUUUACUCGGUAAGAAUCUUCAAUUCACUAGAGAUGAUAUCGAAAAAUCAAAUAAUUAUUUUGAUACAAUUGCUGAUUUACAAUUAAUUAAUUUUAUGAACAAUCAUCUCCUCUUAAAAAUUUCUUUUAUUCAGUUUAUCAAUGAUUUACCCAUCGGAUCCAUACCUAAUCCAACAUAUUACAAAACUUAUCCAUCUUUAUGUCAUAUUCCAGCUAUUUAUAUACAAAUUCGUGCUAAACUUUUCUAUCAAUUUAAUAUAUUUAUAGAAAAAUUAGUAUCAGUUAUUGAUCUUAGUCUACUUCCGGGACAAAGUAUUGUCACAGAUCAAAUUCAAAAAAUCAAAUCAUACAUAUUAUACGGAAUAAAAUCAAAACUAUUUUAUACAACUCUAACUCUUACUGAAUUGGAGACACAUCAUGAUAUGCCUACUGUUAAUUUCAAUACAGUUAAAGCCAGUUCUGGUAUAGAUACGAUGUUUAAUCAAGCUUAUGAUCAAUUAUAUAAUAAUGCUCAUAUAACAUUUAGAAAAGAAUAUAAUCAACUAUGGCAUGCACAAUAUCUUGGUAUGCAUAGUACAGAUCAAGGUGGUCCAUUUCGUGAUUCUGUGACACGUAUUUGUUCUGAUAUAUGUAGUACACGAUUAUCCUUAUUUAUUUUAUGUCCAAAUGGACGAACAAAUAGUGGUUUAAAUAAUGAUCGUUGGAUUCCCAAUGUUUUCCCAUCAAAUAAAUCAAUUCCAAAUCGAAUAAAACAACAAUAUCAAUUUAUUGGACAAUUAAUGGGUAUGGCAAUACGAAAAAAACAUUAUUUGUCUUUAAAAUUUCCUAAUUUAUUAUGGAAACAAUUAGUUCGAGAACGAAUAACUAUUGAAGAUAUUGAAGAUAUUGAUAUUCAAAGUUUUACCAUGAUUAAUGAAAUAGAAAAAAUGAUUAAACAAAAUAAUCAAUUAAUCGAUAUUGACAAAGUGUUGAGAACUACGUUCGAUGAACUUCGAUUUGAAGUUAUUAGUUCAAAUGGAAAAACAUAUGAACUUGUUCCAAAUGGAAGGAAUAUUCCAAUAACAACUUCGAAUUUUCAAGAUUAUUGUUCAAGUUAUCGUCAAUAUCGUUUAAAUGAAUUUUAUCGACAAAUUGAAUGUAUUCGUCAAGGAUUGUAUAGUGUUGUUCCUGGAUAUUUCUUAGGUUUAUUUACAGCUAAUGAACUUGAAGAAGCUGUUUGUGGCAAAGGAGAAAUCGAUAUCGAAUUAUUAAAAAGAAAUACAGAAUAUGGUGGUCGUUAUAAUCAAAAUUCACCAUCUAUUCAACAAUUUUGGAAAAUUCUCAAGGAAAUGUUCAACGAAGAACAGAAGAAAUUAUUUUUAAAAUUUGUCUGGGGUCGAUGUACAUUACCAAGUUGUGAUGAUGACUUUGGAUCAAAAUUUAGGAUUGAACCCUAUCAUAUAUCUAAAGGAUCUGUAGAUGGAGCACUUCCAAGAUCUCAUACAUGUACUUUUGGUCUUAAUUUACCUAAUUACUCAUCAAUUGAUAUCAUGUAUGAUCGGUUGAAUUAUGCCAUAACUUAUUGCUCAAGUAUCGAUACAGAUCGCCAGAUGAAUGAACCUCCUACUCCAACUGAUUUAGAAUCUGAUGGGACAACAGAUGAAUCAUGA